ACAUCAUCAUCAACAUCAUCAACAUCAUCAUCACCAUCAUCAUCAACAUCAUCAUCACCAUCAUCAUCAACAUCAUCAACAUCAUCAUCAUCAUCAUCACCAUCAUCAUCAACAUCAUCAUCACCAUCAUCAUCAACAUCAUCAUCACCAUCAUCAUCACCAUCAUCAUCACCAUCAUCACCACCAUCAUCACCAUCAUCAUCAACAUCAUCAACAUCAUCAUCAUCAACAUCAUCAUGAUCACCAUCAUCAUCACCAUCAUCAACAUCAUCAUCAUCAACAUCAUCAUCAUCGUCAUCAUCAUCGUCAUCGUCAUCAUCACCAUCAUCAACGUCAUCGUCAUCGUCGUCAUCAUCAACAUCAUCACCAUCAUCAACGUCAUCGUCAUCGUCAUCGUCGUCAUCAUCAACAUCAACAUCAUCAUCAUCAUCAACAUCAUCAUCACCAUCAUCACCACCAUCACCACCAUCAUCACCACCAUCAUCACCAUCAUCA